GUUUGAUCCCGCGGUCUCUUUGAACACGGUCAGUGAAAACCACAUACAUCAUCAACAACAACAAAAUGGAUGAGCUCAGCAAGGAACAAAUCGCUUUGUUGAAAAAUGCUUUCGACACUUUCGACGUGGAAAAGAAGGGCAGCAUUGGUACCGUCAUGAUUGGUACCAUCUUGACCAUGUUGGGAAUCCACACCACCGACACUAUUUUGGCUGACAUCAUCAAAGAAGUAGAUGAGGAUGGUUCCGGUGAAUUGGAGUUCGAGGAGUUCAUCAUCCUUGCCUCCAAAUUCAUGAUUGAGGAAGAUGCCGAAGCCAUGCAACAAGAGUUGAAAGAAGCAUUCCGUCUAUAUGACAAAGAAGGUAAUGGUUACAUUUCCACAAAGACCCUUAAAGAAAUCUUGAAAGAACUUGAUGAUAAACUAACAAAUAUCGAAUUGGAUGGUAUUGUUGCUGAAAUUGAUACUGACGGAUCCGGAACUGUAGACUUCGAUGAAUUCAUGGAGGUCAUGACAGGAGGAGACGAUUAAACCAUAGAAAAUUACCUAAAUAAAUUUUAUAUAAAUUAAAAUAAAUAUUUUU